UUUCUUACCCCCCCCUCUCUCUCUCUUUCUCUCCUUCUCGUUUCAUAUUUCAUCUUUUGGCUGUUGUUUGCACACGCAAUUUUUGUGGCUCACCAGGAUGUACCAAUUAAGCGCACCGAUUCAUCACAGUGGUGGGAACUAUUCGAUACAAAUACGCAACGCUUCUAUUACUACAAUGCUGCCUCCCAGAAAACGGUCUGGCACCGGCCGAGCAAAUGUGACAUCAUACCGCUGGCCAAACUGCAAACGCUCAAACAGAACACCGAUCCCAGUGAUCGGCGAGAGAUUAGCACACAAACGCAACAGCAGCAAAUGCAUCAUCAGCAGCAGCAACAGCAUUCAUCGCAACAUUCAUCACCCUCCAUGCCCAAAGUCCGUUCCGCAUCUCAGCGUGGCUCCAGCAGCAGUAGUCAUCAUUUAACGCCCAACAGCAAUACCAAUACCACGGGCAGUACGGGGAGCAAUCGUGAUGUUGGCGUCGGCGGAGGAGGAGGAGGUGGUACGAAUAAACGCAGCAGUGCCGGUUUACCAUUGCAUGCCAGCUCCGAGGAGAAACUUUCCAGCGAGCUGCUCUCAAGUCCACGUGGGCGUCAAAGUUUUCGCGUUGGUACGGGUGAUUCAUCACGUUCCAUGGAUAUUCAACACAUUUCGACAUCAUCAAGACGUUCACAAGACUCCUAUAACCAUUUCAAAGAAUCUGGCAAAUCGAGUGAUUCUAGUCUCUCCAGCAUGCAGUCAAGCAUGCAUGGCUAUCGACGAUUCAAUGACGACCAAAUGACCGGCGGUGGUGGCAGUCCAGCAGGUAUGGCUAGUCCAAGCGAAAGUCUACGCAUUGGUUCACUGCAAAAGCAUCGUAGCCGCAAGGAGGGUAGCGGAAGUUUCGAUAUGUUGCAAGAGAGCAUGAGCUCGCAUAAUAUACCCCAUAUCGGUAGCAGUGCUCAACAGCGUCAGCAACAAUACCACCACAGCAGUCGAUCAAAUGAAAUGGGUUCACCAACAAUGCAUAGCAGCAGUUCAUCGGCGGCCGGAGUGGCACAAAAUAAAAAGAAAAUCUCACCGGAUGCUCAUCAUUUGCAACAGCAGCAGUAUCCCUCAUCGCCGUUGUCAUUUAAUUCACAACAACGUGGUGGUGGAGGUGGCAGCAAUACGGGUAGUAUCACCAGCAAAUCAUCCUCAACUCGGGCCAUGGAAUACGGAGGAAGUGAACGUGAACGUGACUACAAGGUGGCUUUGGCCAGAUCGGGCAGCUUCAUGUCCUCAUCCAUUAAUCCCUCGGCCGCUGGCCAUCACAGUAAAUCAUAUCGCCGUUCGGCUGCCGAGGCUAAUGGCACAUCACCCCACAUGGGUGUGUCACCAGUUGUUGCAGGCCCAAGUGCUGGUGGUGGUGGUAAUGCUGGCAAUGGAGGAGCGGCCAGUGAUGAUUCCAUGCAUGAAAAAUAUUUCAAAUCUGUGGAAAAUACGCCACUCUCACGCCGUCGCCACACUACCACCAAUAAAAGUUCCAGUGGUGCGGCCAGUGCCAGCAGUGGUCAUGGCACUGGCGGUAGUGCUGGCAGCAAUAUGAAACAUUCUAGUGAUUCAUCGCCCCAAAGUCCCAUUAGUCCUCACAACAACAAGAACAAACCCCUAAAGGUUGGCAGUAAUAUUAUGGCAGCAGCACCCAUGCUACAUUCACCCGGUGGCCAUUCAACGUGUUCGGGGCCACCACCAACCACAUCAUCUAGUCAUGCCCACUACAAACAGGAUUCUUCAUGCAGUUUGGAACUGCUGAAUUUAGAUCGUCUCUCGUUGCGAGAAGGUGGUGGCGGCAGCUCGAACAAGACAACAUCGCCACAUUUGAGCGACAUAACCGGACAUGUUUCCUCGAAUAAUAUGACCUCGAAAAAUUUCCCCUCCUCGGAUAAUAUCGGCAUGAUGACCCACUCGUCGAGGGGUUCGAAUGAUUCGAGGGGUAAACAUAAAACCGCCUCGAAUACCGGUUCAUGGUCGCAGCAUCAGGAUAAUCAUCGUGGUGCUAAUCGUCAUAAUUCCAUGAGUUUGGACAAACACUCAAGACAUUCUAAUGAUUAUUAUCAUCAGGAUAAUAAACGUGAUACCCGUAAAGCCAAAGAAAGACACAAUCACUUGCAUGCGGACAACAGUGAUGUGGAAUAUGAUAAUGGUAACAUUUCUCCGUUGUACAGUAACUGGGAUACGGAAAUGCAGGAACAUUUACUGCCUUUAAAACACUACAUUCUCGAACAGGCCAAACUAUCGGGACGUUAUGUAUUCGGUGAUCCCAUCGAUUCGGAUUCCUAUCAUUCGGACAGUCAAUCGGAACAGUCAUUGUCUGGCCAUGAACCAGACAAUGAAGAUUCCGAUGGUGGUUCGGAUACGCAUGGUGGUUAUUUGGAGCACAAUUAUGGUAUGAUAGAAGACUAUGCUAAUAUGGGCGAUAGUGUAUCAUAUUAUGCUUAUCAAUAUCCUCCAUAUGAUCCAGCAGCUAGAGAGGAAAUCUCCGAUAAUGUUGAGGCCGUAUUGGAAGGUGUGGGUUCCGGUAUUGGUGGUAAUGGUGAACAAAAAUCCAAAUCAAAUCGUUAUCAAUUCUCAUAUUAUGAUACCGCCACCACACAUACACCAUCUACCCUCAAUCAUCAACAGCAACAACAACAACAAUCGCAUCAUCAACAGCAACACUCCUCCUCAUCGCAGUCAACAACAACAACAGCACAAUCAACACUACCACCACAACAACUCUACUCAAAUGCUCCACCCCUACCACCCGGUCAUCCUUCCUCGUCAGCCUCUCAUCAUCAUUUGCAAUUGGAUAGCGGUGAAAAAACGAAACAAUCACAAACAUUGCCCUCACCAAAUCGCCAAAUAUCUCGCAUUGCUCAAAAUUCCCAAGACAGUGGCACUGGCAUUGGCGGCCGUCUGCCAAUGCCACCGCCACAUCAGUAUGGUCGCGAUGACAGCGUGUCGAAUAUAAUGGGCGGCAUGGGAGGCGUUGGUGGUAGUAUGAUGCGUCGUCCCUUGCCACCACCAAAUCUCAAGCCCACAAUACAACAAAUCUUUCCACCAACGGAACGUCCGCCACCGGGCAUUGGCGGCGGCGGCGGAGGCCUAACAACGCUGGCGUGCAUGAAGGAAUGUGAUAUUGAAAAGUUUGCAGCAGAUAAUUUGAAUUUACACUCCAAGGGUAUUUUUCGCAAAAAGUCUUCCGUACGAGAUAUGCUAAGCUGGACAGCUGAGGCCAUUAGCCGGCCCAUGUUGGCCCUGUCGCGUGAUAAAAACGAUAAGAAAAAUGCAAUUGAAAUGUUUAAGCUGGUGCAGAUCUAUAUGGGCGAUCGUAAGGCCAGGGCUGGGAUGAGCCUAAAUUCCGUGGCGAUUGAUAUUAUUUCAAUAGCCCUACCGCAGCAACAAUUAAGAGAUGAAUUAUAUGUACAGUUAUGCCGACAGACCACUGAAAAUCCCAAACGUGAUUCAUUGAUACGCGGCUGGGAACUGAUGGCCGUAUGCCUAUCCUUUGUACCGCCAUCGCCCACAUUCCAGCCAACAUUGUUAAAUUAUGUCAAUCGUCAUAGAGAUCCCACAUUUGCCACCUCCUUCCCGGAGGUGGGUAAAUGGCCCAUUCAUGUUCAAAUCUCACAUUAUGCCACUGUAUGCUGUAGACGCUUAGAUCGUAUUGGUAGCCAUGGUAGAAGACAAGCUAAAAAGCCAACCGAAGAUGAAGUGGAACAGGCUAGAAAUCAAAUUUUACGCAAUAGUAUGUUCGGUAAUACCCUGGAGGAGGUAAUGCUGCUGCAAAAGGACAAAUUUCCAUUCCGUAAAUUGCCAUGGAUACAGACCACAUUGUCGGAGCAUGUCCUCCUGCUCAAUGGCAAACAAACGGAAGGUAUUUUCCGUGUAUCAGCCGAUGUGGAUGAAGUCAAUUGCUUGAAGAAUCGUUUAGAUCGGUGGGAAGUUCCUGAUUAUAAAAAUACUAUGGUUGAUGCUCAUGCCCCUGCUAGUCUAUUGAAGCUGUGGUAUCGCGAAUUGUACGAUCCCCUUAUACCCGAUGAACUGUACGAUGAAUGUGUAAAUACCGAAGAUCCAGAUAAAGCCAAAGCUAUAGUUGAUAAAUUGCCAGAACUGAAUAAGUUGGUCCUAACCUAUUUAAUACAUUUCCUGCAACAAUUUUCCCAUCCCGAUGUGGUGAGUGCCACCAAAAUGGAUUCCUCCAAUUUGGCCAUGGUCUUUGCACCCAACUGUUUACGCUGUACAUCCGAUGAUCCGAAGGUGAUAUUGGAGAAUGCCCGCAAGGAGAUGUCAUUUAUGCGCACAUUAAUACAACACAUGGAUACGUCCCAUGUGGCCAAUUUAGUGUAAAUACUGUUAAAAUUUUAUAAAAACACUAAUGAAAAUGAUUUUUCAUGAGAAAAAAACAGGGAAAAUCACAUGAAAAAAUUAUAAACUGAGCUAAAAUUGAAACCAAAGUAUUUAGAAAUGCAACAAAAAAGAAAAAACAAAACAAAAACACACACAAAAGAAACAAUACUCGGAUACAAGCAAAAGAUAGAUAUAUCCUGUACCAAAUGUGUUGUACAUGCAUGUUUAGAAACUAUUUGAGAAAAAAAGAAGGAAAACAACAAUAACAAAAUUUAUGCAGAACAAUUAAAAAUGAAGAAAAAGAGAAAGGAAUUUUAUUAACACAAAAAACAGACAGCCGUGAAAAAUUUAACUCAAAACACUUACACACAAAAAGUAAUUUUUACAAUAUCCUCCCCCCAUUUAAAACUAAAUUAAGAAUCUUAUUUUGCUAAUCUAAUAUUCCAAAAAAAAAAAAA